AUGACUACCACUACCACGGCCAUAUUCCACCAAUUCACACGUCCCUCCCCCGGGCUCCGCGCUCCCCUCUGGGAGCUGACCGUCGAGCCCCGCAUCGUCGAUGUGCGCGUCGUUUACCAUCGCCCAGACCCUCUCAAGUUCAAGCGAUCUGACCUAGGUGCGCUGACAGACAGGUGGAUGGACAAGAGGCUGCUGCCGAUACGCCACCUGCGCUUGUCUACCCCCGCCCUGGUCCAGCUGCAAGCUUGCCAUGAGGCCUGCGACAAUCUGAGAAGGCACCCUGAUAUUUGA